AUGCGACUUGGCUGGUAUGCUGGGGCCUCAACGGCCCUCGCGGGCAGCGUUGUCCUCUCGGCCUUUUAUCAGAGGGCCAACUUCUAUUCGGCAAUGGUAUAUCUUGCCCAGAGCAACUUUUGUCUACUGGUCUUGGUCAACUUUGCGCUACUCUUUUACAGUAGCUUCGUAUACAGUCUAAUACGAUUAUGCUACGGCCCCCUCCGCGCUGUCGAAGUCGAACAACUUACAGAACGGGCCUGGUUCGCCAUUACGGAAACAUGCUUGGCCAUGACCAUUUUCCGAGAUGAAAUAGGUGCUUGGUUUCUCGUAAUGUUCGCUGCCUUAAUUACUGGAAAGGUUUGGGGUUGGAUCGGUGAUGGAAGAGUUGAGGUCCUCGAGCAACAACCGCCUGCGAACCCACGUCUGUUCCAUUUGCGACUUAGCGUGUCGCUCACGCUCAGCUUCAUAUACGAUAUCUACAUCCUCCGAUACACGAUCAAUACCGUCAUUCAGCAAGCCAGACCUAACAUGAUGGUCAUGUUUCUCUUCGAGUUCGCAGUGUUGGCGACAAGUUCAUGGCGGACAGCUGCCCGGUACGCGCUAUCCUUGAUCGAACAUAAUAUCCAGGAGCAGCAGAAACGCAAAAGACUGGCCGAAAGGAGACAAGAGGUCAGGGAGGAGCGACAGGCCAUCGAACGUCAACGUGAAGCAGCUGCUGCAGCAGGCGAGGAAGUUUCCACUGAUCCUCUGCCGAACGAGGAUGAUAUUGAUGAAAUGGAUAUCGAAGUGCCGGGCUGGUCUUCCAAGGGAGAGUUUGUUCUCUGGCUUGACCUUGCUACAGAUCUGGUCAAGCUUGGCAUAUAUAUCGUUUUCUUCUUUAUGCUCCUCACGUUCUAUGGAUUACCGAUCCACAUUAUGAGGGAUCUCUUCAUGACGGCACGGGAUUUUAUUAAAAGACUAGGAGCCUUAUUACGGUACCGUAAGGCGAUCCAGGAGAUGAAUCGUUACCCUGACGCCACUCUGGAAGAGCUCGCACGAGAAGAUACCUGCAUCAUUUGUCGCGAAGAAAUGCGCCCCUGGGAUCCUGAGAACAACCCAGGAGCAAUGGAUAGGAUUCGGCCGAAGAAGCUGCCAUGCGGACAUAUCUUACAUCUUGGUUGCCUCAAGAGCUGGCUCGAACGACAGCAGGUAUGCCCAACCUGUCGAAGCCCUGUUAGCCUUAAUGAGAAUGCUCGCGCUGGCCAGAACAGGGCCGCGGGACUUCGAAUAGAGAUCAGAGGCGGGGCUGCAGCUCAGCAAGCGCCAGCAAACCCUGGAAUUGCUCCCGUACAGGGGCAACAGAAUGGAGGUGCUCAACCGGAACAACGACCAGCUCCGCCACGGGUUUUCAACUUUGGCCCCCUACGUGUUGGGUUUGGAGCAAAUGGACAGCAAGCUAGAGAACUUGCCCAGCAAUUUGGCAUGCCUCAAGCUGCGGUUAAUCAACAAGGCUUGGCACCUCCCACCCCAGGUGUUGGUACACCUCCUGUCGCUGGCCAAACUGCCCCAGCGACUCCUCUUCCCACUGGCGAUAACUUGCAGACCGCUGCACAACUGUUAAGCCAGGCAGAUCAGAUGAUUCAGCGCGAGAUGCAGUCAGCUUUGCUGGCUUAUCAAGAGGUACAAACUCUUCAGCUUCUCCAGGCAGAGCUACAACGCCUCAGGCAGAGACAAAAUGCGCCAGAAUCCACGCCAAACACCCAGGCACAACUGAUACCACCUCCUAUGUACCCCUUGACUCAACCUCUCAUGCCUCAGCCCUACCCCAUGGUGCCAAUGCCUAUGCAGCAAAUGCCGAUGCCCUCGGGCUUUUCGCAAUUCCCUGGUCUCCCCCCACGAAUCCCAAGCCCUCUGAUGGCUCGACAUGGUGCUGCCCCUAAUGCGGUCCCCAUUCCCUCUGGUAGCGCUGAGCUUCCUGAGGGAGUUGUUAUCCCUCCCGGUUGGUCCUUGAUGCCUUUGCAACGUCUUGAUGGUAGCCAAACCUCAACGCAACCCUCGCCACAGGUAGGCCCCCAAGCGACAAUGGUAGAUAAUAUCACUAUGCCCCAACCUACAUCUGCGGCCAGACAACCGUCUCCAAUUGGCAGUAGGAACCAAGAAGCUCAGCCAGCUGAGAGUACAUCUGCUCCCCCGUCUGCCCCUUCUCAGUUUCCAACGCAGUUUACGCGAGCCGUUGAUCCGCCUCAGGUUGUUGCGCCUAGUCCUCGUAUGCCUAACUGGGGAGGAUCAGCGCAACUGUUCGGCAACAACACUCGCUCGAAUCAGACUGAAUCAGCAUCUCAGAACGGUUUGCAGGCUGAACCAAGCUCAAGUCAGACUACUCAUGCCGAGACUAUAUCCCAGUCAAGUCCAGCAGCUGAGCAUACACCGGAAGCGUCUUCAGCAUCCCAUAGUGAAGAUGAUGAAGAGCCGGAAAGAAGCUCCUCGAAAGGCAAGGCCAAAGCCGUGACUGUUGAAGAUGUCGAGGACGACGAAGGCAAGGACAAGCCAAAGGAGGAUUAA